AUAUAUCUAUUGUGAUGAAAUUGACUUGGCUGCAGACACAGUGCUGGCCACACUGUAUGCUGCCAAAAAGUACAUUGUCCCUCACCUUGCCCGAGCCUGUGUGAAUUUCCUGGAGACCAGCCUGAGUGCCAAGAACGCCUGUGUGCUGCUCUCCCAGAGCUGCCUAUUCGAAGAGCCAGACCUGACCCAGCGCUGCUGGGAGGUGAUCGAUGCCCAGGCUGAGUUAGCUCUCAAGUCUGAGGGGUUCUGUGAUAUCGACUUCCAGACGCUAGAAAGCAUCCUCCGCAGGGAAACUCUGAAUGCCAAAGAAAUUGUCGUUUUUGAGGCAGCUCUCAACUGGGCUGAAGUAGAAUGCCAGCGACAAGAUCUAGCCUUGAGCAUUGAAAAUAAACGCAAAGUCCUAGGAAAGGCACUUUACUUAAUCCGCAUACCCACAAUGGCCCUUGAUGACUUUGCAAAUGGUGCUGCCCAGUCCGGAGUAUUAACUCUCAAUGAGACCAAUGACAUCUUCCUCUGGUACACUGCGGCCAAAAAGCCUGAGUUGCAGUUUGUGAGUAAAGCCCGCAAGGGUCUCGUCCCCCAGCGCUGUCACCGUUUCCAAUCUUGUGCCUAUCGGAGCAACCAGUGGCGCUAUCGGGGCCGCUGUGACAGCAUCCAAUUUGCAGUUGACAAGAGAGUAUUCAUUGCAGGCUUUGGGCUGUAUGGCUCCAGCUGUGGCUCUGCAGAGUACAGUGCCAAGAUCGAACUCAAGCGUCAGGGCGUUGUCUUGGGGCAGAACUUGAGCAAGUAUUUCUCAGAUGGGUCCAGCAAUACCUUCCCUGUGUGGUUUGAGUACCCAGUGCAGAUCGAGCCAGACACCUUUUACACAGCCAGUGUGAUCCUGGAUGGCAAUGAACUCAGCUACUUCGGACAAGAAGGCAUGACGGAAGUUCAGUGUGGCAAAGUGACUGUCCAGUUUCAGUGCUCCUCAGAUAGCACAAAUGGCACUGGUGUACAGGGAGGGCAGAUCCCUGAACUUAUAUUCUAUGCUUGAAACUUUGCCUCCCCAAAGCAGUGCAAGCCACAGGUGCAUAUCUGGUCCCUCCUUGCUUAAUGCGUAGCUCAUCUGCAGAUAAGCAAUCAGUGCAGGUAAUUUGUAAUGAAUGACGUGGUAGGCAGUUUCUAAUUUCUUUUAACCUUUUAAUUAUGUACAGGCUAAAACGCAGCAUUCUGCUUUUAACUGUAUACUUAAGAGUCAAGUUCUUACUAAAGCUUUGUGGUUUUUAGAGUUGCUCUGUACACCAAAAGGAGAGAUUGUACUCUUCCAUGUGCCCCGCCGAUCUCCCAGUUGUGUCCCUCUGAAGAAAGUUUGGGAUCGCCUCAAAUUUCCUUCUGGAUUUUAUUGGAUGAAUGGAAAUAGUCUAAAAUAGUAACAUAAAGAAUUAUUUUUAAACAGAAGCCCUUGCCCCUUAAAAAAAAGAUAAAUCUCUGUGUACAAUUUUGGAAGAAGUUGUGGUUUAUAGGAGGUAAUGACUUAGAAAGUAGCCAGUAGUCAUAUUUAGCUCUUACUUUAUUCCUUUUAAAUUUGUUGUUUCUGGGCUUUACUUUUUAAAUUUUAAAUUCAUAAGAUUAUUACAUAUUAAAUCAGUGUUAGUGUAAAAUAGGAAAGUAAGGAAUUGGGUGUUUAGGCCAUGGCUUUAACUACAAAGCAGAUUUAUAUUUUUGUUUACAAGACAAGAUAUCACUGUACAGCAUACUUCUUUUAGA